CUAAAAGAAAAGAUGGAUCCGUGGCUCUCUGAAGUAAAUAUUUCUAUUUCAGAAAAAAAUACAAUCUCAAAAUUUGAAGAUAAUUUCACACCAGUAACUAACGACAAACUCCCAGACUCUGAAGAAUAUUUGGCAAUUUUAGAGGAAAAACUGAAGAAAUUGAAAAACGAUCCCAAUAUAUUGGCUCAAUUGAAAGCAAAGAGAGAAUCUUGCAUGGAACAAUUCAUGUCAAAUUCAAAUCAAAUUGAUCUUGAACUAUUAGAUCUACAAGAACCUCUUCCAAACAAUCCAUUAUUGAGAACAGUUGCACCUCAAAGACAGGCCUUGGAACAGAGUGAAAUUGUUGAAUUAGUGAAAUAUGAUCAAUUAAAAAAUGAGGAAGCUGAUCUGCAUGUAAACAAAGACUGUUGA